GGGGGGGAAAAAAAUCACUCCAACCAAUCAACUUUCGCCACAGCGAGCGCGGCCCUGCCACUUAAAGGCGUAAGCCGCCUAUCUGGGCUGCUCACGCCCCUCUGGACUAGGGCGGCGAUGCGCCGCCGCUCGGGGACCGAGCGCUGCGAGCAGGCGAUCUCCCAGACCCGCCCCCUCCGGCUGCGGGAAUGCUAAAGCGUGGCAGGGGCCGGCCCGGGAAGCGGAGGAGGCGGGUCUCCAUAGAAACCUCCACCUGUUUCCGGCCAGCCUGUGUGAAAUUAGGGGCUGGUGCGGGGGCCAAUCUCCGCCAGCUCGCUUCUUCCCGGCGGCCCCUGCGGUCGUGGUGGGUGUUGUACACAAUCAUCAUGGCGGCGGCCGGAGCCCCGGAUGGCAUGGAGGAGCCAGGCAUGGACACGGAGGCCGAGGCUGUGGCCACCGAGGCGCCCGCACGGCCCCUCAACUGCGUGGAGGCCGAAGCAGCCGUAGGGGCAGCGGCGGAGGACUCCUGCGACGCGCGAGGCAACCUGCAGCCGGCCCCGGCCCAGCCCCCUGGGGACCCUGCGGCCCAGGCCUCGGUCAGCAACGGCGAGGACGCGGGCGGCGGUGUGGGCAAGGAGCUGGUGGAUCUGAAGAUAAUCUGGAACAAGACCAAACACGACGUGAAGGUCCCUCUGGACAGCACGGGGUCCGAGCUAAAGCAGAAGAUUCACUCCAUUACAGGUCUCCCACCUGCCAUGCAGAAGGUCAUGUAUAAAGGACUUGUUCCUGAAGACAAGACUUUGAGAGAAAUAAAAGUGACCAGUGGGGCCAAGAUCAUGGUGGUUGGUUCUACUAUAAAUGAUGUUUUAGCAGUAAACACCCCGAAAGAUGCUGCCCAGCAGGAUGCAAAGGCUGAAGAAAACAAGAAGGAGCCCCUCUGCAGGCAGAAGCAACACAGGAAAGUGUUGGACAAGGGAAAGCCUGAAGAUGUGAUGCCGUCUGUUAAGGGUGCCCAGGAGCGCCUGCCAACGGUACCCUUGUCUGGCAUGUACAAUAAGUCUGGCGGGAAAGUGAGGCUCACCUUUAAGCUAGAGCAAGACCAGCUGUGGAUCGGCACUAAAGAUUCCUGGAGGGACCCGAACAUGCCUAAUUCACCUGUUUCUGGCCAGCACUGUAGGUAUUCAGUGUUCGAGAGCGGACUGAGAAACUGCCCAUGGGCUCCAUUAAAAAUGUGGUCAGUGAACCUAUUGAAGGACAUGAAGACUACCACAUGAUGGCGUUUCAGUUGGGCCCCACGGAAGCCUCUUACUACUGGGUGUACUGGGUUCCAACUCAAUAUGUGGAUGCAAUCAAAGACACUGUGCUGGGCAAGUGGCAGUAUUUUUGAAAGCACUUUCACCUCUGGCCCAGGAGACUGACCCAAAGUGAAGGACAUUGCCGGGAGAGGUCCGCAGCAUCCCUGGAUUGCAGAGUUCUGGGACUUUGUUCACACACACACAAAUCUCUAUUCAAUCUGAGGUGAUGUGGUGACUGAAGCCAGAGGUGAUGUACUUUCACCAUUAGCUUAAUUUGAACUUAAAAUCACCGGUUCCCUUUCUUGCAGUCAGCUUCAUACCAUUUUUAAAGUCAGUAUGGUGGAAAUUAAUAAAUCCAAGUUUGGAACAUGUGUGGAAUACUCUUAUACUCUUAAGUCUGUUUGAGAGUAGACCUACCAGCAAUGCUGAGACGGAAUCAUCAAAAGCUUUCUGGUUGUUUCCUUCUUUGCUUAUUUUCUUUCUUUUUUCCUUUCUUUCUUUUUUUUUUUUUCUUUUCCUUUCUUUUUUUUACUUUUAUUUUUCCUAGAAGUGACUUCAACUGAAAUAUUGAUGUCUUUGGUUGCAAACAUUUGGACUGCAUUGUGAUGAGUCUGGUUGGUUUUGUUUUGUUUUUGUUUUUUUCUUUGGUAUUAAAAUUGUAUGCAAAAUGGGGGUGGUGAGUAAGCCAUAUAUUUUUGUGUGUGUGCUCAUUGAUUCAGAUAGUUUUGUUUUGUUUUUUUAUUAUUUCCCUAUGAUUUCGUUUUAAUCCCAAAGAUGCCAGUUUCUCUUUUGGUACCUCAUUUUCACCUCUUUGCCAGGCUCUCUUCCAUGUGCUGCUGCUUGGGAAUGGACAUGGGAAGUAACAGCUGUGGUCUUGGUGUAGGGGUUCCCACCUCACUGUGGUGGUCUUCGAACAGUAGAGUAUCUCUCACUUGAUUCCUGUGUACCCUUUGGAUCCCUGUUCUGAGGCGUUCCACUGCUGGUUUGCUUGUUGACAGCCUUCCUUUAGCUUGACUUUAAAGCCCUGCCUAUCACCACAGCCUAGGAUUUGCUGCUCCAAGGCCCCCUGCUCUGAGGAGCCGGCUUGCCAUAUAGCCACACGUCAUACACUUUAUUUUUUGGGAAGCUUCCCAGAACUCCUUAAGCAGUCCAAUGGUUGUUUGAAUUAUGCUUCUCCAUUCGGUCCUUCUGCUCAUGCGUUCAGUUCAAGUGUCCUUUAUCCCAGGUUCAGAGAUGCUGCCUUUCUCAUGGAAGACGUCUGACCCAGUGGGUCAGCAAGUGGUAUUCCAACAACAGAAUGGGAUAAGUUGCUUUCAGGACCAGCUUGCUCUCCUGGUUUUAGCCCUGACCUUCUGUGUACAUGUGAACUGCUGUCUUUUCUGUAAGCCUUGAUUGACUGAAAGGAGGGACAGUCUCUUGGUGGAUGAUCCUUGUGCUGUUUGCUGUUUCUCUGCUGCUGUCUUUGCAAUUCUCCUCUCACUGGUCGCAGGCUCUCAUAGUAAGGUUUGGUGAGAAACCUCCCAGCGUCACACUUUGGACUCUUAAGCUGUUACCCGCCCUCAUCCUGUGAAAUGUAUUCGCAUGUAUUGCCUAAGAUGACUAUUCCUUGUGAGCCAAUUAAUGACAAUAUUUAUGCCCUUCCCUUCUAAGCUGUAGUUUGGGAAUCCAGCCCACAUAGACAGCCUCUUGCUUUUUGUGGUGUAUUCAGUGCCAAGUUAUGCAUCUGGACAGGAAAAACUACUCUGCUUUUUGGGCGCAUAAGUAACGUGUGAAGUACAGCGUCCAAGAAACUGCCUGUGUUGCACCUCAGUGAUAGUUGUGGAUUUUCUGUUCUUAUUGGCCUGCAGUUCCUGGAGAAGGUGCACUUUGCUCCUUGUCCCAGCCUCCUCCUGCACUUGGCAGGCCUAUCAAGGAAGUGACCAAGUGGCAGGUAGAGCAUCUUCUUGGCUUGAAUACUGUCAUUUGUUUGCCAAUGUCUCUGAGACCUGUCUUGACAGUGCCACAUACCUAGUUUUGGUCUCUGUGAUCGGGCCUCUGGUGUUCCCACCUUGGCUCUGAGGCCCAUCCUGCCAGCCCUGUUUUCUGUGUGGGUCCCAGUGCUCUUCACCGCCUCCUCCCAGUACUCAUGCCCUGCCAUUAUCCCCCUGCUGCCCAAGGGCCAAACUGCUUCUCACGCAGGCCGGUGUCAUUUCAAGAGGACCAAAGCCUCUGUGAGCCUUUUUAUUUUAAGUAAAAUGGUGCUUUUUCCUUACUUGGAGAUAUUCUCUAUAAAUAAUGUAAAUGACACCUUUCAUAUGGAGCCGUUUUGAGUAUUGCUUUCCAGAGCUUGCUGAAUCUGCUUGAGCUCUGGCUCCUGACUCUGUCAGUAUGGAAGGCUUUGCCAGAAGCUCUUAGAAGACAGACAGUGCCAGAAGCCCUGGGAAUAAGUGUUUAGAUCUGUCUGGGUCACAGCAGUAUUUGCUAUUUUGUCACUCAGUCCCGUGAACAGUCUUUAUAUAUUUCUUAACAUGUGGGAUAUACUGACUAAAUCUGUGUGAGCAUUGGAAUACUCUUCCCUUUAGGUAGCAUCCUAGUAUGUUUUUUCCUCAGGAUUAUUUCUGUACAAUUCUUUCAGUCAGAUGAGAGGGCACGCAGGAGAAGGCUUCUGGUGGUAUCACAUGAGGCUGGGUAAGAGAGUCCUACUCACAGCAAGGCUCCUCUGCUUGUCAUCAUGUAGCCACUGAAAAGGCUGUUCUCCCAUCUGCAAGUGGCACUGGUGGCCCUUCUGUAGGCUGCCAUCACAGGCAUCAUGCCUUCCUUUUCCUCCCUGAGGUGACUUGGCAGAAAAAUGUGAUCACAUAACUGCUGCUGAGCCUGGGUCCCUCAGCUCAGAGCUCUUAGACUCUGAGUUGCAGGACUCUUGGUAAGAAGUAUUUUAAUCCAUGAUGGGCCUUUGCAGGUAGCUUUGGCUCUUAAAAUGAAGUUUGACUGGGCUAAGGAUUACUUUCUUUGCAUCCUGUAGACAUAGUAGGGGCCUGCCUGGUAAGGUCCUCAGUAGCUCCUUAGUUGCUGCUUUCCCUUAUGAGGGCCAAAGAGAUGAACUUUGCUACAUUGCCAGGUCUCAGAAAAGUCGCCAUAUCUCACCCAGAAGGGAAUUUUUCCUCUUUAAUGUGCCUGGAGGAGCAUUGUGAGCUAUUGCAGUUGGCCUGCCCUUUUCUUUGCUAGGAGCCAAGAAGGGAGGGAAUAGAUAGAUGUAUGCCAAGGUUGGGCUUUUCACCCAUCUGCCAACUUUCUCUUGCUUCUUGCUACCAUUCAGGCCUGUUCCCUUGGAAAAGGAUGGUCCCUCUGUCUUUAAACUUUGUAAUAAAGUUAACUUCCAGUCAGGAUCAGACCCGUUUCCUUCUUCAUAGGCCUAGAAGUAGACAGGAGCCUCUAGUGUGCAAAUCAGCUGGUGGCUUAGCUGCCAGGGUGGGUGGCUCUGCUUCCUUGGUGUCUGAGAACCUUCCUUACCUUUCCUACAGACUUCUGCAGAGGUAUCUGACAAUAUGUAAGUACUAUGUUUCCUUGUGGUGUACACUCUGUUCUUGUUUGUUUUUAAAUCAAAACGCCUGUUUGGGAGGAGAUGAACGUAUUUAGUCUAUUAGAUUUGCGCUGCUGGAUUUUUUUUUUUUUAAAUAUGUAAUCUUGACUAGCUGUUGUAUUGUUUAUCCUGUAAGAUUAGUCUAUCAAUUAAAGUUUGAUAAUUAAUUGUG